GGCUUCGUUUGGUGUUUGGCGCUGCGGUUUGUUUCUUGCGUCGGCGGCGUACGAGUGCUGGCAAUAGCACAAGGGCUGCUCGGCAGAGGCUGUAUUUUGAGUACAAUUUCCCCGGCGUGACGCGUGGGCCUCCAGCUCGUGUGCGCGUGGCUGGACGAAUUAAAGACGCGAACCGAAGCUCAGAAUAACAGCUGCUGCCGCCGUGCGCUCCGUGCCGAGAAAAAAAACAAGCUGGGCUUAUUCCUAGUGUGUUACGACCGCUAGCUCGCAAGCCAUUGCCAAAAAAAGGCCAAUACUAGGCUUAUUGAUCACAGUCGGAUCGCUUCGUGAGCCAAAAAGACACGCAUCGAUGGCCUACACAGCAUGAAAGACGAACCAGUUCCGCCACCGAGGAGCUCACCACCAGCCCUGCCACAGGCUCGGGCUCCGCCGCCAGCCCUGCCGCCAGCCGUCGGCCUGCGGCCGGAAGCGCCAAAAGCGCCGUCGGCAGCGCUCCCCGCGACGCGACCGGCGCCGCCGCCGCUACCCACACCGGACCCGCCUGUGGACCUCGUCGAGCGCCUCGUGGUUGCCGAGCCGCCGCUGUCGACGGCACAAAAGGUCCUGGUCGUGGCCGAGGGCGGCACGUUCCGCGCGCGACUCGACGGCGACGGGCCUAAUCUCGGCCUGACGCUCAAGGCGACGCGCGACGGCCGCGCACUCGUGCAGGCGCUGCCGGCGCCCUCGCGCGCGCGCGCGGCGGGAAUAAGGAUAGGCGACGAGGUGCUGGGUGUGGACGGCGCCGCCUUCGAGCGGGGCGUUGGAUUAAGGCACGUCGCCGCGCGGAUCAAGGCCUCAUCCACCAAAGUCCUUUCCCUAAGACGCGGCUUCGCGCCCGUCGACGUUGAAGUGUUAGCGGCGGUUUUACGAAGGCGGGGCGCGCUUUCCGAGGACGGCGCCGCGGCGUUGAUGGGCGAGGUCGCGGAGGUCUGCCGGCGCGCCGCGCUUUGGGACGAGCGCGGUGAGGUCGUCUCGGACCUUGAUGAUGUGAGCGUCGACGUUGUUGAAAGGCGGCCGGCGCUGUGUUGUAGGGUCGUGGACUACGACGCGGAGGCCUACGCCGUCUGGACGCUCGACGCGCGGAGCGGCGCCGAGUGGCGCGUCCGGCGGAGCUUCGCGCGGUUUCGGGAGGUGCGCACUAUUGUAAAGCGGCUCGCGCCCCGGGAUGUAUAUGAGGAUUUGGAUAGGACGUUUCCCGACGAGGCCGCGUUUUACGACACAGUUUCCUCAAUUCAGGAGCGGUGCCGCGCGCUCGAGAAUUACCUGAGAAGCUGCCUCUCAUUACUAUUGACGGGCCCGCUCCAUAACAACGCGGGCCGGCUCCACGCGGCCCUCGAAGAUUUUUUAGAUGUGCCCGCGCGCCUCGCGUCGCUCGAGCUACUGGAACGUAACCCGGACGCCCACCUAAGGAGGGCGGCGCAGGUCGCGGCGCACCAGGUUCUCGCGACGCCGUCUUUGGAUGGCGUCGUGUCCACGAUCGUGGCGGCGUGCCGCGGCAAGGAAGGUCAUGAUUUGUUGGGCGCGAUGGCGACCGCGAUUGAUGGUUUGCAGGCGGCGCUCGUCGAGGGCUGCGGCCCGUUCUUCGAAGGUGUUGUAAUGCGUAGGACUAGGAAAAUGGGUCUCGAGGAGCUUGAUUUAUUAGUGAGGGCGGCGGUGCGGCGCCAGGUCGAGGCCGAGGUGUUCGUGCCCCUCAGUAGCGUGCUCGACGAGUCGUUGAGGAGAGAUCUGGCCGAGGAGGAAACCAUGUUAAGGGCGAGCUGCGCCGCGGCGCGCCUGAAGACGCAGGCGGCGUUGGGGAUCGCGCCGGAGCACGCGUCGCCCUCAAAGUGGGAGGCGGCGGUGUAUCGAUUGGCCACGGUCGGGUCCUACACGCUGCCGUGCGACCGGCUCGACGUCUUGUUGGCGGCGGCGAGAGAAAUUCCAGUAAUCUUCGCGGCGGAGCAUAAAGGCGAGGAGGUGCUCGGCGGCGACGACUUCCUGCCCAUCUUCGUGUAUGUGGUCGUCCAGGCGGGCAUCCCCGAUUUGAGAUAUCUCCAGACACUGCUGAGCGCGCUCUGCGACCCGGACAAGCGCCUGAGCGAGACGGGCUACUACGUGGCGACCUUCGAGGCGGCCGUGGCGCACAUCCGCGAGCUGCCGCUGGCGCGCGUCCUCGAGGAGGAGAACCCUUUUGUGGUGUAAGUGUUGUUUUGUAUAAAA